AUGCUAAGCAAAUUAGGCCGCAUGAUCGUCCCAGACACCGAGACAUUCCGAUCCAACACGCAGGGCACGUACAACAUCAUCGAGGCAUCCUGCAAACUAGGCAUCCCCAAUAUCGUCAUCGCAAGCAACACAGCCGUCUACAGCGUCUCCUUCGCCCAAGGUGACGCAGACUACACCUCUUUCCCCAUUGAAGAAGACCAACAUAUCUACACCCUGCGCAUUGGCCAGUACAAUGUGGAUGUUUUCUAUAGUUACGUGCCCGAGCCGGGGCUGUGGAAGGUGCAUGGAUGGUCGUAUACGGACUCGCGUGAUCUGGGUGGGAUGUGUGAGGCGCCGAUUCAGACAUUGGGGUUGGGGUGCCAGGUGUUUAAUGCGACGAGUGAUACGAUCACGAAUUGUAGGAAGACGGAGACGUUCCUGCGGGAGAAGUAUCCCAAUACGCCGAUUACGCGGGAGAUGGGCGAGUUUGAGGCGCCGUUGUCGAAUGCCAAGGUCCAGCGGAGGCUUGGGUUUCCGGGAGAAACAUCCAAGAAGUAUUUCCGGCCAUGGGAUGCGACGGGUAAAAAUCAGAAAGUCAAUUAG